AUGAUACAUGAAACAAAAAUGCUGCCUUCAUUAUCCACACUUCUAUCGGGCACCGAGAUUUCGUCUACUCCCGUGUCACCAAGCUUCAUCAAUCCAAGAACAAACUUUCAUCUGGAUGACCGCGGGGCCAUAAAGCUGCCUCCGCUAAACACCACUAUAAGUCGUCCAAGAUCUGUGGAAAGUGCCUUGAGACACACAGUCACUGCGCAGAACAAAACCAUCAAGCCCUCUGGUGACAAUCUGCUCAAGCACACGCAAUCAGACUCUGCCUUGUCGUCCCAACUGACUAGUUCACAAGAAACCGUCGAUGAAUCGCAAGAAAGCCUGCCAUUGACUCCGCUAAACAACAAAAAGAGAAAUUAUCCAGUUUCUUCAAAGAAAAACGAUAUAUUAACACCGCUCUCUGCAGUAAAGUCGAUCAUAAUCCCAUCCUCCUCCAAAGAUAAAAGACGUGCGUUUGCGUUCAUCACACAUUCUCAAGAGACCUUCCCCAAGAAGGAACCCAAGAUCGAUAAUGCUCCUCUAGCGCGCCGAAAGAGAAGAAGAACUUCGUUCCAGGAAUUGUCAAUCCUUCAGGCUGAAUUUGAGAAAUGUCCAGCCCCAACAAAGGAGAAAAGAAUUGAAUUGGCUGACCGUUGCCAUAUGACUGAAAAAGCCAUUCAAAUAUGGUUUCAAAACAAAAGACAAGCGGUCAAAAGGCAAAGAAUCGCCACUUCUAAAUCAACCACUAUAAUACAGACAAUAUCGCCGCCAUCCCCACCUCUGGAUGUCCAUGCCACACCAUUGGUAUCCGGGGUUAGGGUUGAGGUACUCCAUGAUGAAGAGUCGUCGUCGUCAUGUUCUUCGCCAUUGGAAAGCACGCCACCAAGACCCCGUCAUUCUUUAAAUAGGCGCUCAUCUACACCCAACACGAAAAGAAGCCAGGCUUUAACUUUCCACUUGAACCCACAGAAGAAAACACUGACUCCGGUGAAAACGUCUCCCAAUAGCAGAGUUAACAAAUUGAUCAAUAGUGUAGACCAUUCUCCAUCCAAAAUCAAACGCUACGUAAAUAACUCUUCUUCUUCCCCUAAAAGGAAAAGAAAGUUCGGGUUCAAAAUUGUCGAUCAACAACCGCUAAGAGACCUUGAUCCAAAUGCAUUCCAUGGUUGA